AUGGCAGCCGCAAUACAGUCUAUUCCCGUUGAAAACUUUCCUUUUAGCUUUGAUAUGUCUCAGACGACUUGUCGUGAAGGCAACUCUGUGGAAUUAAAGAACUCAGCAACCUCAACUAAACGGCGUCGCGGCCCACUUACCCGCAAUGCCUGUAAGCAUUGUCGUAUCAAGAAGUUGAAAUGCAGCGGCGAAAAACAAGGGUGCGGGCGAUGCAGAGCCAACGGAUUCGACUGCCAGUAUGAAAGCUCAAAUCCUAGUUCAAAGAGGCGCUUGACGAUUGCCGAUUUUACACCUUCUAUGUCCCCAUGGGAAAGGGAAGAUAGCUUGACCGCCGAGAUUGCCAUAGGCAUGGAGGAAGAUCAUGAUCCGAAUAAUCUGGACAACAUUGACCGCCUGGUCUUCCACCCAAGAGCCUUUUCUCCCUUUCAGGACGAUGCAAUAGACGACAUACUAUCUACGGAUGUCCUUGAUAGUUUUAUAAAAGCCGGUGAAACCCAGCCUUUCAUGAAGACAACACUCAACAGCUCAACGACCUCACCUAGGGUAGAUCCGCUACUCUCAAGUCUAGAUAUCUCGGUAUGGCCCAAAGUGGCUUCCAUCGGCUCAGAUACAGAGAGGUCUACAACCCAAGUCGAAAGGCGACGAAAGCACACAAGGGAGCCAUCAAGUCACAGCCAGGAGUGGCCUCGCAAUAUCCAGCGCCCUCGACAUGAUCAAUCGAAGCAACCCCCGGAACGAGACAGUUCUCCAUGUUCAUGCUACGCGCGAGUUUUUCUCCAGCAUGAGGAUGUUAGUUCCAACCUUCUCUGGAGUAUACGCAGCAAAGCUCCCGCGCCACCGGCAGAAUUGCUGCGGUCAUUGAAGAGGACCAUGGAGGGCCUUGGCUCUUUUUUCGAUUGCCAUGCUCAUUCAACGCGUCCUGAAUUCGUCGCCUUGCUCGUGUCCAUGUGCGAUAUGAUGCUCGGUGGUGUGGAGUAUUUGGUGCCUAAGUUGUGCGUAGACGAGGACAUCAACGGCGCUUCUGAAGACGAUGACUCGGAUACGUCCAGUUCUCAUGGUGACUCAAGACGACGUUCUAGUAGUAGGAGUGGCAGCGUCAAGUUUACAUCGCAGCCGGUCUUCAGGUUGAGCCAAGGAACAUUAGACAAAGAGGAUGAACUUCAUGUACUUCACAGUUUACUACGAGUUCGAACUAAGCGAUUAGGACUCUUGAUUGAUAGACUGUAUCACGCGGUGGACAAUAACGGGAGACCUAUACAUAGACAUACUGUCUGCAGCUUACAGGACCGGCUUAGAGUUGUUUCAUCGACAUUGAAGAGAAGCCAGCUAUAG